AUGUCGAAGACUGAGAGCAGUGACUUGCCUAAUGUUACACCGUUACAGUACAAGAUAAGAUGGUUCAUGUUGGGCCUGUUCGUGUUAUACUCCGCAUCCAACUCGCUGCAGUGGACCCAGUACGCCAUCAUAUCAGAUAUAAUAGUGAGGUACUACGGAGUCAGUAGUUACGCUGUGUCCUGGACCUCAAUGGUGUACAUGCUGACGUACGUGCCUCUCAUCUUCCCCGGCAGCUGGUUACUGGAUAAGACGGCUGGCAGAGCAGGGGAGGCAGCUAGCGGUACGGCGAGGGAAAAUGAAGAGCAGUCCUCAUCGGACCGUCGAGCGCCACACACGGCGCGGGAACACUGA